AUGUCCGACGACCAAGCAUCAAGCCCGCUGCCGCUGCAGCCGGUCGUUCUGUCCAUGGAAGUCCACGACGACGACUCGUUUGAAAGCUAUUACCGAUUACGAUUAGGGACUCGAGUCAAAUAUGUCACCACCUCGCCCGGAACCUUUGACAGGGAUACGCUCUCAUUCCCCGUUCCGUCCCUACCCUGUUUUCCCGACAACGAGGAGUGGACCAUAGCCCAUCUCUCAAGAGACGAGACAAGUGGCGAGCUGAAAACCUCUGUAUCGAGCACAACACGACCUGGCAUCCACCAAUGGCAUCAAACUCGAAUUGACUGCCUCGACCUAGAGAAGACCAAAUCGCUCACGCCAAUGGUUUUCGAAACUGUUUCGCACUCAAUCCUUCCAAGCGAUACGAUGAUUGCCAAAAUCGCCCGCUUCGAGUGGGAAAUGCCUCGUAUAGAGCAGGAAACGAGAGCAUACCAGUUACUUGAAGGUUCCGGACUCGCCCCGCGCUUUCUUGGUCAUAUCCACGAGAAUGGCCGCGUCAUGGGGUUUCUCUUGGAGAAGUUAGAGGGACGAUCAGCCUCCUUCCAAGACCUAGACGCCUGCGAAACAGCUCUUGGAAAACUCCACGAGUUGGGGCUUUUACACGGAGAUGUUAACCGAUACAAUUUUCUCGUUACGGAAGAGGGUAUAAAGCUACUUGAAUUUGAACUUGCUGAGGAAAAUGCCAGCCCUGAGUCAAUGUGUGAAGAGUUGGAGCAUUUGCGAGUCGAAUUAGUUGACGAGUCGGGACGCGGCGGAGGUUGCAUUUUUCGAGAUGACAGCGACUGA